CCCGCCGCCCCGCUGCCCAGCCCGACCCGGCCCGGCCCGGCUGGCACCAUGCUGCCCGCGCGCUGCGUCCCGUUGCUCACGCCCCACUUGCUACUCGCGUUGGUGCAGCUGUCCCCGGCGGGUGGCCAUCGCACGACGGGUCCCAGGUUUCUAAUAAGUGACCGGGACCCUCAGUGCAACCUCCACUGCUCCAGGACCCAACCUAAACCCAUCUGUGCCUCCGAUGGCAGGUCCUACGAGUCGAUGUGUGAGUACCAGCGAGCCAAGUGCAGAGACCCGACCCUGGGUGUGGUCCAUCGCGGCAGAUGCAAAGAUGCUGGCCAGAGCAAGUGUCGCCUGGAGCGGGCUCAAGCCCUGGAGCAGGCCAAGAAGCCUCAGGAGGCUGUGUUUGUCCCGGAGUGUGGUGAGGAUGGCUCCUUCACCCAGGUGCAAUGCCAUACUUACACGGGGUACUGCUGGUGUGUCACCCCAGAUGGAAAGCCCAUCAGUGGCUCUUCUGUGCAGAAUAAAACUCCUGUAUGUUCAGGUUCAGUCACCGACAAGCCCUUGAGCCAGGGUAACUCAGGACGGAAAGUCUCUUUUCGCUUCUUUCUAACCCUCAAUUCAGAUGAUGGUUCCAAGCCGACACCCACGAUGGAGACCCAGCCCAUGUUUGAUGGAGAUGAAAUCACAGCUCCUACCCUGUGGAUUAAGCAUUUGGUAAUCAAAGAUUCCAAGCUGAACAACACCAAUGUAAGAAAUUCAGAGAAAAUCCACUCGUGUGACCAGGAGAGGCAGAGCGCCCUGGAAGAAGCCAGGCAGAACCCCAGAGAGGGCAUUGUCAUUCCCGAGUGUGCCCCUGGGGGGCUUUAUAAGCCAGUGCAGUGCCACCAGUCCACUGGCUACUGCUGGUGUGUGCUGGUGGAUACUGGGCGCCCACUGCCUGGGACCUCCACACGAUAUGUGAUGCCCAGUUGUGAGAGUGAUGCCAGAGCAAAGAGCACGGAGGUGGAAGACCCCUUCAAGGACAGGGAGCUACCAGGCUGUCCAGAAGGGAAGAAAUUGGAAUUUAUCACCAGCCUACUGGAUGCUCUUACCACUGACAUGGUUCAGGCCAUUAACUCCGCAGCACCCACUGGAGGUGGGAGGUUCUCAGAGCCAGAUCCCAGCCACACGCUGGAGGAGCGAGUGGUGCACUGGUAUUUUGGUCAGCUGGACAGCAACAGCAGCAAUGACAUUAACAAGCGUGAGAUGAAGCCCUUUAAGCGCUACGUGAAGAAGAAAGCCAAGCCCAAGAAAUGCGCCCGGCGCUUCACCGACUACUGUGACCUGAACAAGGACAAGGUCAUCUCCCUGCCGGAGCUGAAGGGCUGCUUAGGGGUUAGCAAAGAAGGUGGUAGCCUUGGCAGCUUCCCCCAGGAAAAACGAGCAGGCACCAACCCAUUCAUAGGACGCCUUGUUUAAGGAGCAGAAAAAUCAAAGGGCUGGUGGAGAGUCCGUGGAGACAAGAGGACCAUCAGACACCUCGCCCUCAGCACUGCCGACGGCCCGGCCACAUCCCGUGUCACAGAAGUGAUGUCCACUGUGUUUGCACUUUUAAUUACUCGUCUCUGUGUGUUUUGUUUCUGGUUUCCUUUGUAAACACCGAUAUGUAAUACCACAGUGGGGAAAGGAAAGGGAAGAAAGAUUUGUUUACUCUCUCUCUCUCUCUCUCUCUCUCUCUCUCUCUCUCUCUCUCUCUCAUUGUAUGUUUUUUGGAUCUGCUACUGACAACUUUUAGGGUUUUGGGGGGGGAGGGGAGGGAGGGUGUUGUUGGAAUGGAGAAGAAAGAGAUUUAUAUACUGUAUAUAAAUAUAUAUGUAAAUUGUAUAGUUCUUUUGUACAGGCAUUGGUGUUGCGGUCUAUUUCUUUCCUUCUCCCUGCUGUGGGUUGUAGGUUUUCAGGACUCAUAAUCCAGCUUUUAGAACCUAGGACUUUAUCCUCAACCUACCUGGAUUGCAUCAGAGAUAGCACCUGGGCAUGGAUAGAUGGAAGCUUGUGAUUACAUUUCCAACGUUGUGAGGAGUGUACGGCCCUGCAAGUCAAAAUUGACUCUCAAGGGGAGUUGGACUGCGAAGAGGAGGCAGCCCAGGUCAGGUGACAGCCAACAUGGGUUCCAAUUCUGCCCCAGGCUAUGUGUUUCUGGGUACUGGACCCCACCAGAGGACUGAGGCCUGUAGGUGGGCAAGGCUUUGCGCUAGGUUAGUGUAAACAUUUCAUAUAGGCUUCGUACUGUGUGCAGGACAGAAAGGUGAAACCCAGGACAUAGGAAGAAAGAGAUGCACAGUUGGGGCUUUUGUUUAGAGGAUGUUUGGUAUUUAGCAACACAGGGAGAGGGUUAGAAGCCUGGACAGGUGAAGGUUGCUCAGCAAUCCACACAUGAGACUCCCAAGCCUCAUGUUGGGGCUAGAUGGGUUUUUACCUCCACUAGCUCUCAGUGCUGUCCUCAGCACAGGCCCGAGGGAAGAGGUGGACCAAUCAUCUUGUUGAUAACACAGGAGUUUUGUUGUUUUGUUUUCUUUCUUUCCUUUUUCUUUUCGCGCUGGCAUUGGGACUUGAACUCAGGGCUUGGGC